UAAACGUGCAUUUCAUCAAACGUGCAUUUCAUCUAGUCCAGUAUAUAAAACAAGAGCCAAAUCCAAACCCUAAUUAUCGAUCUCACUUCAACGCCGUCACUUCUUCGCACUGUUGGGCUAUUUCGGUGUAGCUUAAGAGUUUCGCAGUAGAAAGUGAAAAGAAUGAGUCGGGGAGGUGUAACUGCUUCGAAGGGCAAGAAGAAGGGGGUGACAUUCACCAUUGACUGUGCGAAGCCAGUGGAGGACAAGAUCAUGGAUAUUGCUUCUCUCGAGAAGUUCCUUCAAGAGAGGAUUAAGGUUUCUGGCAAGGCCGGUGCUCUCGGUGACACCGUCGCCGUUGCACGCGAGAAGACCAAAAUCAUUGUUACUUCUGACAGCAACUUCUCUAAACGUUACCUCAAGUACUUAACUAAGAAGUAUUUGAAGAAGCACAACGUUCGUGACUGGCUCCGAGUGAUUGCUUCUAACAAAGAUAGAAGCGUUUAUGAACUGAGGUACUUCAACAUUGCUGAGAAUGAAGGAGAGGAAGAAGAUUAGUCAUGUCGGAUUAUUCAUUUGAGAACUUUGUUUACCCUUUUUCUGAAUGGUAGAUUAUCGUUUGGCUUGAGCUCUGUUUACAUCAGUUGCAAUUUAACAGUUUUGUUUAUUUGAGAGUUGUGAUUCGGAAUAGAGUUCACAUUAUAUUUUUUUCCUUUGAUACAGUUGCUAUGUGUUACUAAACUAAUAUUCAGAUCA